ACAGAGAGAAUUUGCAAACUGCUGAGCUGGAUUGAGCCACGUCACUACUCCAGCGAGACAGAGCAGCGAACUACCGGGGCAGGAGUUAGGACACCGGGCGGAGAAAUGAACCGAUAAACACACCGAGCCAGCUGCACGGACAGAGACGACAGCGCGAUACGUCUUUUCUGUUUUUAUUACACGCGUAUAACGAGUAAUUACUAACAAUUAUCGACAUGACUACUCUCACUAUGAUAGCACGAAUCCAGGACGGACUGCUGCUCGCCGCCUCCAUGCAAGAGAGCGAACAGUCGGGUCGGAACCUGCAGGAGUAUCAGAACCAGGCCAAGCAGCUCUUCAGGAAGCUGAACGAGAACUCACCCCCCCGCUGCUCGCUGGAGACCGGGCCAAUGGUGUUCCACAUCCUCCUUGCUCAAGGGGUGUGUUACCUGGUGCUGUGUGAGGGCUCCUACUCCAAGAGGCUGGCGUUCUCGUACCUGGAGGAGCUGCAGGCUGAGUUCAGCGAGCUGUACGGCAAGCGGCUGGCAUCCGUGUCGAGGCCGUACGCGUUCAUAGAGUUCGACACGUUCAUUCAGAAGCUGAAGAAGAACUACCAGGACUCGUGGUCUCGCCGGCACCUGAGCUCGGUCAACACAGAGCUGCAGGACGUGCAGAGGAUCAUGGUGACCAACAUCGAGGAGGUGCUGCAGAGAGGAGAGGCACUGUCAGCGCUGGACUCAAAAGCCAGUAACCUGUCUGCCCUGUCGAAGAAGUACAGGCAGGACGCCAAAUACCUGAACACUCGCUCUCUGUACGCCAAGAUAGGAUUGGCGAGCGCGGUGUGCAUGAUCAUAUUCCUGUACGCACGCUUCUGGUGGCUGGUCUGAGCAGACUGAGGCGCUGCAGCCACAGCAGCAUCACAUCUCCAGUGCCCCCUUAGCAAUCAUUCGGAGGGCUUCUGAUUGGAGUUACACAGACGCUGUGUGUUUGUAAGCUGUUUUGACUGUGAGUUCAGGAGCUGCUCUUCAGUUCUGGUUGUCUGCCAGACAUUUGUAAUGGAGGCUUAAGAGUCUAGAUAUUAGUGAGCGCCCUCUUGUGCACAGCUAGAGAAUUGCCAGCAAAACUAAAGGAAAUUGAUGCAGAGUGGCAGAUCUUUUGAUGGCGCUGGCUCUUAGUUCUAUAAAGACAGAUGUUUGCAGCAGACAAGUAGAACUGAAGAACAGCUCCUGAACUUGUAGUCACAGCACCCUUAAACACAGCGUUACCCGUCUCCAAAUGCUGCUGCAACUAUGUGGUCCAGUGGUUAAAGAAAAGGGCUUGUAACCAGUGUGACCCUGAGCAAGUCACUUAACCUCCUUGUGCUCCGUCUUUCGGGUGAGACGUAGUUGUAAGUGACUCUGCAGCUGAUGCAUAGUUCACACACCCUAGUCUCUGUAAGUCGUCUUGGAUAAAGGCGUCUGCUAAAUAAACAAAUAAUAAUAAAUAACAGACCUGUCAUUUGUCUCUUCAUUGUUAACAUCCUGAGAACUUUUCACACUUAUAACUUUGAAGUCUGUUUCAAAGCUCUUUUCACAAUGUCUGCUCUAGUGCUCUGAUAGUGUCAGGGUUAUUGCCCACAUUGUCAAACAGGUAACACAGCAAAUAACAAUGCAUUUUGUGGUACGGAACAGAAAAACCAGAGCACUUGUGAUGUUCUCCCUGGACAGAUCUCAAACCCCAGUGCACUGGAGCAGACAUUUUGAAAAGAGCUUUGAAACAGACUUAUAAGUGUAAACAGUGUCAAAAGUUGUCAGAAGGUGUAUAAGUUAUAAGUGUAAAAAGUUAACAAUGAAAAGAGAAAUUACAGGUACGUUAUUUAAACAGUUGUAGCAGCACGUGGUGACGGGUAGCGUUAUAUUUUUCUGAACCCCGCUACUCCUUAACACAGUCUUAUCAAAUGGAAAUAAAGAACCAGUAUUUGGGUGCAAUGUGGAUCCCUCAUUGCAAUAACAUAGACAGGUAAGGGGACAGUGAUUCGAUUGAAGAGAAUUCAAGUUGAUGCUGCUGGUAUCGCAAGCAGCAGCACACACUCCUCAAGAACACUUCUCCGCUUCACACACAUUUCUUUUUAGUUGGUCUUGAAAUCUACAGGGAGAAGUUGUUUUCAUAACUUUGCCCUGCUUUAUUUUAACAACCCCACCUCCUUCUUCCUCAGAGAACGCAUGCAGGACCAAUCAUAACCCAGGGUGAGCCCAUUUAGGACAGCAUUCUCUGGAACAUAAAUAUACGAAACUCUUCACACAAACAUUUCAAAGUCUUUAUCGAGGUGUUCCUGAAAUUGAUUGUGUAAGAUGUAUUUUCAGUACUCUUUUUAUACCCACUGGACUAAGAAGUGGCCUUAUUUAUCCUCAGGAUUUCAGUCAAUCUCAUUAUUGCAAGAAUCAGUGGCAAAGGUUAAUCUUUCGUAAGACUGCUGCCUUCUUCAGGGUUUUUUCAUAGUGUUAUAUUGUUAAUAGUUUAUUUGUCAGACACCAGCAUUGCCCUGUGUACAGUACAGCACAGCGAGGCUGUGCCCAGCACACUAGAUUACAACUUUAUAUAGACACCAUGGUGGGUAGCUGCUGUAGUUCUGUACAGGGUUUUAUAUUAGUGUUAUAUAGUGCGGUCCCGCCAGCAUUGCCCUGUGUGCAGUACAGCACAGCGAGGCUCUGCCCAGCACACAGCAGGCAAUGCCAGCACACUAGAUCACAACUUUAUACAGACACCAUGCUGGGUAGCUGCUGUAGUUCUGUACAGGGCUUUAUAUUAGUGUUAUAUAGUGUGAUCCAUCCAGCACUGUCCUGUGUAAGUACAGCACAGCGAGGCUCUGCCCAGCACACAGCAGGCAAUGCCAGCACACUAGAUCACAACUUUAUAUAGACACCAUGGUGGGUAGCUGCUGUAGUUCUGUACAGGGUUUUAUAUUAGUGUUAUAUAGUGUGAUCCCUCCAGCAUUGCCCUGUGUACAGUACAGCACAGCGAGGCUCUGCCCAGCACACAGCAGGCAAUGCCAGUAGAACUGAAUGGAUUGUAAAUCGUGUGAUGACAGACAGAAUGAGGUUUGGGAGUCUGUUUCAAGUUUAAUAACAUGCAGAAGUGUAUUUAGGAGAACUCUACUCUCUUGCACCAAAUAACUGUGCUUAAUGGCUUAUGAAUGACUUAAAGCCACCCUCCGCAUUGGAAGAAAUGACUGAACAUGUUGAAAACAUUAUUGCUUUGAAACUGGACAGGUACUGUUUAAAAUAAUAAAAUAAAGUAUUUAUGUUUCA